AUGAAGCGAGCGCGUGUGAUCGUGCCGCCGCCGACGGCGCCCGUCGGCUCGCCGGCGAGCGGCGCCGGCCAGUCACCCUCCCCGGCGCCGGCGUCGGCGCCAGCACCGGCGGCGCGCAAGGUGCAGGGCACCUUCUGCCUCGACGACUUGAAGACGUACAGUAGUCCAGACAUUCUGAUCUGCGGCAACUGCAGGGAAAUGUUCGGCGAUGUCAUGGACAUGCUGGACCACAAGCGCUGCUGCUGCAAACUCCGUUUCGCCUGCAAAUGCGGCGAGCAUACGUCUACUAACAGCUCGAGCCGGACGUCCACCUCGCUGCUCUGCGCCCUCUGCAAGGAGGGCUUCAGCAGCGCCUGGGACCUGAUGGUGCAUUUCCAGACGGCCCAUACGGUUAACAUCUACCGGCUGGGCUCGCCGCCUAAAGAUGCGGACUCACGUCCGGAGACGGUGAGCUCGGGCGCCUGCCUCCCGGACGCCGAGGUGAAGGAGGCUGGCUCACACGACUCGGCCGCGCUCAACGGCACCCCCGCGGCGGCCGACACGACAAACGGGUCAUCAGUGACGGAGGGGUCAGCGAUGCUGUCUGCGGCCCCUGACCUUGUGAACGGCAGCCCUGUGGCGCAGCAGAGCUGAGUUCACCGUGCCCCGUCUCAUGGACUGCGAACAAAGGAGCCGGAGACGUCGGGGUGACAGCCGGAGUCAGCCAGAGGCAUCUGCCCCGCGACAGUCCUGUGAUCGGCGCGCGGCGGCGGGGCUCGCGCGGCGCCGCGGAGGACGGCACGCUUGCCGGUCGCCGGGGAAACUGACCCCCUAACGGCGCCCAAGUUUGGGAGGCGUCCCGGCUGAAACGUACGAGCCAUACCCGAUAUCUCCGCGUCGCGCGAGUUUUCUAAUAUGAACGUCGAAUGGGCCUGAGGACUCCGCCACUGCAACUUUUGAACAAUCUUUCUUUAUUAGACGCUUGAAGUUGGCCGGGGCAAGGCGCUGAUUCUCUCCAGCCUUGCGUUGGCGCUAGUACUUGCGUCAGCGUUAUUCGAACACAACGCUUGUGCUCAAACAAGAGCAGUGCCUUGCGAAACUCGACAAACCGUAGCCGCUGGGCCUGGCAGCGCUUGCAGACCUCUCGUCUUGACAAGACCCUCAACAAGCAAGCGACCAUGUCUGGCUCUGGCGUCCUCCUGGCAUGGAUUCGUAGCACCCUGGCCUGCCUGCGAAGGCUGGGUCUCCCGAGAACGCAGUGGAAUUGGGGCAAAGGCGAGCAAACGAGGUCCCAGCUCCACCUGUGCCCAGUCCUCUUGCCCGUACCGCUUUUUGCCUUUUGAAUGCGGCGUUUAUGGGUGUCCAGGACAAAGAGCAUUGUGCCAACAACGGCUGUCCGACAACUUUCUCGGCACCACCGUUAUUUAUGGGUGGACAAACACGUAAGGGCGAGGACACGCACGCCAGGCGAUCCGGUCCACAUGGUCUGUCAGGGCCGCUGCAGCUUUCGAUGAUUGACUGUCUGUUUAAAGCACAUGCAUCCUUUACCUGAUGGUGGUGCCAGGCAUGCGUUUAAAACACGCAGCCACACGACUUACGGAACAGCACUUCAUUUCACUUGUCAAUCGUUGAACUUCGUUUCGCUUAACACCAGUCAAUGCCCAAACCACGAUAUUUUCGGCGGCCACCAUGAAACUCAAUGCGCACAGAGCUUUGUUUGAUGCCGCCGAACACUUCCUACGGCUUCCGUUCCGUUCUCCUGAUCCCAGUGUCGACAGGAGGCAGACGCCUCGGAAGCCGGUGCGUCCCUGCAGCGCCAGGCGUGGCCGUGUCCUGCCCUGACGUGUCGG